AUGCCCGUGGACUUUCCAGAGUACGCGCCGGUCGAAUACACGGCUCCUGUUGUAGCGAACAAACCUGUUUGGGCCGAUGAUGAGGACAAGAUUGCCGAAUUCAAGUUUAACGCCCUUGACGGUGACACCAACCGCGUCAGCUUUGAUGGCACCUAUGAGAUCGAGAAAGACACAUCGCGUCCCAUCAACUUGCAUGGCCGUACCGGUAUGCGUGGCCGCGGCCUGCUUGGCAAGUUUGGCCCCAAUCAUGCCGCAGACCCCGUGGUAUCACGUUGGCAACGCCUUGCCAACGGCGAAGUUGCUCGGGACGAGGAGGGCCAACCCGUGCUUGAGAUUGUCUUUAUCAAGCGCAAGGACACUGGCGAAUGGGCUUUACCGGGUGGUAUGGUCGAGGCUGGCGACACUGUUUCGGUGACCCUGAAAAAGGAAUUUGGUGAAGAGGCGCUCAACAGUCUCGAAGCCGACGAAGUCGCCCGAGAAACGCUCAAGGCGGUGGUAGAUCGCAUCUUCCAGAACGGCGAUGAGAUUUAUCGUGGCUACGUCGACGAUCCUCGCAACACUGACAAUGCUUGGAUGGAGACGGUGGCCGUCAACUUUCACGACAAGACCGGUAGCGCCUUUGGCCAUUUUAACCUGACGGCAGGCGAUGAUGCCGGCUCGGUCGCCUGGGUCAAGGUGACGCCAGACAUGGCCCUCUACGCGAGUCAUGCAGACUUUGUGCGUGAGGUCUACAGUCGCCGCAGCGCCGACUACGGCAGUGCCUAG